AUGCAAAAUGAAAGUGAAGUGGAAUACUAUGACGAAACGUCAGUAGACUAUUUAUUAGGCCGUGAUAUGCUGUUAACAUUACGGUAUUAUGCACGUCAUGUUAUACCAUGCUUUUGUGUCACCGGUAUUAUUGGGAACUGUAUGGCAUUGAUGCUUAUAAGGACAAACUACUGGCUGAAACGAUUGACAUCGAACAUCUAUCUGUGUACCCUAUCGAUCUGCAGUUGUAUAUUCUUAUUAACGGUGUUUAUCACAUGGAUUGAUAAUGUGUUCGAUGUGGCGCUCUAUAAUAACUCAGAAAUUGGAUGUCGUUUACUGACAUUUUUCGCGCAUAUGAGUGAUUUCAAUUGCGUAUGGAUGAUCUCAUGGGUGUCUUGCGAUCGCGCCAUUGUACUGUUCAGACCGGGAAUUCGAAAGAAUGUUUGCUCGAAAAAAUUCGCGAGAUACAUGGUGCUGGCAACAGUGGUUUGCAGUUGUGUGCUGUAUUCGUGGUGUUUGAUAUCGGCUGGCCUCGAGGAGGAGAACAAUUCGUUGUUUUGUGGCUUAUCGCAGAAUUUAUCAUUCAUCGGAUAUGAUCUCGGAGAGAUGCAUUUUUACUUCACAUUUAUUGAUACGGUGAUCUGUACGAUAGUACCAUCGUUGUUGAUCAGUGUUGUGAAUAGUUUGGCGGUGUAUCGAUAUCGACAAUGCAUGAAGAUCUAUUCAUCCGGGGUGUUGAGAGUACGAUUCGUGAAGGUGAACGAUGAUCAACAUACACCGCAACUUGUGGCUCGUUUCUUAUUUAUUUAUCGCUUAAUUGAGGACACGACUAACGCCAAAAAGUUAUUGCUAAGUCAGCAGAGUCAUACCACCCAGUAUAGCACUCAGUCGAAUCGAUCUACCAAUGGUGGCAAACUGCGCUCCUCAGAUUUGCAAUUGAGUAGAUCGUUGCUUAUCGUUACGAGCACGUUCGUGUGUUUAACAGUACCGAACUAUGCAUUUCGUAUAUACAUAUCAAUAUUCAACCCCGCGUCGGUAUUGUUCCAGUUGUUAUUUUUUACAACAUUUUUACUGUAUUAUCUGCAUCACGCGGUUCUCUUCUACAUGUAUAUCUUCUGGAGUCCGCAAAUGAAGAAGCAGCUAAAGCCAACAGCAUUAAAAUUACUGGAGUGCUACUGCUGCAAAACGGUUCCUGAAUUUGGCCAUUCACAGCGCUAUCACCAUUGA